AUGGGCUACGUCUUCUACAUUGCCGGAUCCGCCGUGUCUUGGUCGUCCAAGCGUCAAUCUCGAGUUGCCGAUUCUACCACCGACGCUGAAUACCUCGCCCUCUCGCAUGCUGGCAAGGAAGGGAUCUACCUCAGUCAGCUGCUCGAGGAGCUCCAUGUCCAACCUGUUGCACCGGCUCACAUUUUUACUGACAAUGAAGCCGCUGCCGCAGUUGCCCACGACCCUGUCCGUGUCUCCGGCACUCGACACAUACGCUUGCGCGAGCACUUUGUUCGGGACAUGGUGAAUCGGGGCGAUAUCUCACUCUCGCAUGUGGGAACCAGCAACAUGGUGGCCGACAUCUUCACAAAGGCUCUUGGCCCAAAGAUUUUCUCGACACACUGCUACGCACUAGGCCUUCGCACUCGACACCCACGGCUUGGAUCUGCCUCGCAUUCGCGUGGGGGGGGGUGUGAAGAGUCCACUCUCAGCUCGACAGGGGCGCCUCGGUCGUUGCGCGCGCCUGCUAGCCUGGCCCCUGUGGUGGGGACUUAG